AUGGUGUCCUGCAGCCUGCCUUCGACGUUUUCACCUUUCCUGAGGUUCCUCACGUCUAUAUCCUUAUCCAUUACAACCAUCUGCUUGGCGUUCUCCGUGCUCAACGAAUAUGGCGCACAGUCCGACUAUCUAACCUUUGUCGCCGUCGCUAUGACCUACGCCUACCAUGCCGCCAUCAUCACCAUUGAGGUCAGGAAUUCACGAAAAUCUACUUUCCCCACCUACUCGCGCAAAGCAGCCAUCAUCUCUGGUUUCGUGCUUGCCGUUCUCUGGGUUGUCCCCCUGGGGGUGACAGCCAUGCAUACCAUCGCGGAAGAGCUGACAGGGACAGUGUCCUCGUCUACGGAAUUUUGGAAGGGUGUGGCAGAGGCGGUAGCUUGUUUUUGUGAAAUGGUCGCAAUGUUUGCAGUUGCUGGCCGGGCGACGCGGGAGAGGCUGGAUAUCUCCACCCAAAAGAAAUGGGAGUACGUCGAUAUUGAAACCAGGCCAGAUAGGCUGUCUUUCUCUUACAAUUAG